AUGAGCCAUCCUGUAGUAGUUGCUAUUGAUUUUGGAACGACUUAUUCCGGUUUCGCUUAUGCUCACAUUGCCAGACCAGCAGACAUUACUAGUCAUGAUUCAUGGCCAGGUCAAAAUAAGACACGAUUCAAAGCUCCAAAAAAUAAUACAGUUUUACAAUACGAUAAUUCAUACGAUAAAGUCAUAGCAUGGGGUUAUCAAGCGUUGGCACGAGAACCUAGGAGAAGAAGAAAUAAUGCACCAGAAUCCGUAUCAAAACCUGUAGAAUAUUUUAAAUUACUUCUUAAAUAUGACUCAAAAAGAUCAGAUAAAAUACGUAUGCCUGCCGGAUUAGAUUAUCGUAAAGCAAUUACUGAUUAUUUAAAAGCCAUGAAACCAUUAAUUUCAGAAACUAUUACAAAACGUUGGCCUACUGUAAGCUUUCCUAAUCAAGUUAGAUUAGUCUUUACAGUUCCAGCCGAGUGGGGUCCAGGGACGAUUGGAAUUUUACAAGAGUGUAUAUAUGCCGCUGGUUAUUUAGAAUACGAACAUUCAAAUAAUAAUUUAGAAUUUAUUACAGAACCUGAAGCGGCUGCAUUGUAUUGCAUGGAUAAAUUGAAAGAACAUUUGUUGAAAGAAGGAUCUACAUUUAUGAUAGUGGAUUGUGGAGGUGGCACAGUUGAUUUAACAACUCGAAAAUUAGCAACCAGUGAUACUUUAUCAGAAGUUAGUGAACGAACAGGAGAUUUCUGCGGAUCAACUUAUGUUGAUGAUGAAUUUAUUACUUUCUUAAAAAAUGAACUAGGAUCUAAAGCAAUGAGUGAUUUUAAAGAAAAUCAUUAUGAUGAGUAUCAAUAUUUAAUUCAUCAUUUCUUUUGUCCAGAAAUAAAGUUUGGGUUUGAUGGUGAUAGUUUUGAUGCAACAGACUUGGACAUUGGAAGAUUCUGUCCAGCGCUUAAGGAUUAUAUAACCAAAGAUAUUAGUGAUAAAUUGAGAAAAGAGGACUGGUUACUAGAGAUUACUUAUGAAGAUGUUCUUGCAAUGUUUGAUCCAGUAGUAAACCGAAUUAUUUGUUUAAUCCGUAAUCAAUUAACAGCUUCAAAAGAAAAAUGUUCUGCUUUAUUUUUGGCUGGAGGUUUUUCAGAAUCUCCAUAUCUUAUCUCAAAAAUAAAGAAUGCAUUUGGUUCUACAGUAUCAAUUAUUUCCGUGCCUCAAAAUCCAAUAUCUGCUGUUGUACGUGGAGGGGUUAUCUAUGGUUUAAACACAAAGGCUAUUGCAACACGUCAAUUGACAUUGAAUUAUGCUCAUGUAAUUGUAAUCGUUGAAUUACCUUCUUUGGAUCAUGUUUUCUAUCAUUAG